GGCGCGGGCGGCGGGGCCGGCGCGGAGGCGGCGCGGCGCGCACAGAGCCCCUGGAGCUGCGCGGCCGGCGCGGCGCAAAGUUAGCCCGGCGCCCCGGGACGAGCCCCGCAGCCGCCCGCUGGCCCUGGACCCCGCGUCGACAUGGGCGAGCACCCCAGCCCGGGCCCCGCAGUGGCCGCCUGCGCCGAGGCGGAGCGCAUCGAGGAGCUGGAACCCGAGGCCGAGGAGCGGCCGCCCGCGGCGCCGGAGGACCACUGGAAAGUCCUGUUUGAUCAGUUUGACCCUGGGAACACAGGCUACAUCAGCACAGGAAAGUUCCGGAGCCUCCUGGAGAGCCACAGCUCCAAGCUCGACCCGCACAAAAGGGAGGUGCUCCUGGCUCUCGCCGACAGCCAUGCAGAUGGGCAGAUCUGCUACCAGGAUUUUGUCAACCUGAUGAGCAACAAGCGGUCCAACAGCUUCCGCCAGGCCAUCCUGCAGGGAAACCGCAGGCUCUGCAGCAAAGCCCUCCUGGAGGAGAAGGGGCUGAACCUCUCCCAGCGGCUGAUCCGCCACGUGGCCUACGAGACCCUGCCCCGGGAGAUAGACCGGAAGUGGUACUACGACAGUUACACCUGCUGCCCCCCACCCUGGUUCAUGAUCACCGUCACAUUGCUGGAGGUUGCCUUUUUCCUUUACAACGGAGUGUCGCUGGAUCAGUUCGUGCUGCAGGUGACCCAUCCGCGGUACCUGAAGAACUCACUGGUUUACCACCCGCAGCUCCGCGCGCAGGCCUGGCGCUACCUGACCUACAUCUUCAUGCACGCGGGGAUAGAACACCUGGGACUCAACGUGGUGCUGCAGCUCCUCGUGGGGGUACCCUUGGAGAUGGUGCACGGAGCAACCCGUAUUGGGCUUGUCUAUGUGGCUGGUGUUGUAGCAGGGUCCUUGGCGGUGUCUGUGGCUGACAUGACGGCUCCAGUCGUGGGCUCCUCUGGAGGGGUGUAUGCGCUUGUCUCUGCCCAUCUGGCUAACAUUGUGAUGAACUGGUCAGGCAUGAAGUGUCAAUUCAAGCUGCUGCGGAUGGCUGUGGCCUUGAUCUGCAUGAGCAUGGAGUUCGGGCGGGCCGUGUGGCUCCGGUUCCACCCAUCGGCCUACCCUCCGUGCCCUCACCCGAGCUUUGUGGCGCACUUGGGCGGCGUGGCUGUGGGGAUCACGCUGGGUGUGGUGGUCUUGAGGAACUACGAGCAGAGGCUACAGGACCAGUCCCUGUGGUGGAUUUUUGUGACCAUGUACACGGUCUUUGUUCUGUUCGCUGUCUUCUGGAACAUCUUCGCCUACUCCCUGCUGGACUUAAAGCUGCCACCGCCUCCUUAAGGCACUGGGGGCCCGAGGUCUGGGAGGGGAGGGCCGAGCCGCAGCAGGAAGGAGCGCGUACGGACAUCCUCGUUCUCAGCUCCGUGGAGGCCGGGGAGGACAGGACGCGAGGCUGGGCCAC